GAAGAAGACGGCGACCAGGAAGAAGGCGGAAGUAAGCCUGUCUACACGUGGGUAAAGAAUAAGUGUGUUUUGGAAUAAUACGGUGCUCGUAAUUAAUUUGACAUGUCGAAGAGGCAGGCAGCUGUAUUACAGGCCGACCACGUUGACGAGAACUUACAGGAUCCACCGGCGGACAGUAGACGGACUCGUAGCGGUCUUAGGUUAGGAGCUCCGGUAGCAGCUCCACGGAGAACAGCAAGCAGGAGGUCAGUGAUCAGCCAAGAGGAGUCUGAGGCCAAACAUGGCGCUUCUGCUGAGGAACAGUACGGAGCUUCAGAACCUGCUGCAGACACGGAGAAGCCCAAUGGCAGCGGAGACUGUCCUCUGUUUGAGCCCGAACCGACACCAGCUCUGUCCGAAAUGACACCGGCUCAGCCCAAGACAACCUCUGCUCAGCUUGGUCCCACACCAAACAAAAAACCGCGUCUGGUGUCACUGGGGAAACCAAAUCUAAUUAUUUCUCUCGGCAAACCUAAAUCAGGAAGAGUGUGGAAGAACCGCAACAAACAAAGGUUUUCUGCAGUGGUAAGAGAUAAGUCGUUGUGCUCUUCAUGGGAAAAAAAGAUGGCAGCAAAGCGUGAGAAGGAGCUGGUGAAAAAAUAUGCACUACAGUUAAAAGAGGAGCAAGCCAGAAAGGAAGAGGAAAAGAAGAAAAGGCGGGAAGACAACUUGAAACGGCGUGCUGAGAAUGAACGCAAAGCAGAGAUUGUGCAAGUGAUUCGCAAUACAGCGAAGAUCAAGAGGAUGAAGAAGAAACAACUCAGGAAAAUUGAAAAGAGAGAUACACUGACUGUGGUGCAGAAGUCUGAGACUCAAAAUGUGACAACCAGUGGGAAAAAAAAGUUAUGAGGGGGAAGACAAGUGCCCUGAUUUCAGCUACAUACUGUGAGACAAUAAAAUUCAUGAUCAGUACUUUU